GGUAUUCUGGGAUAAUGGAUGCUAGCGUGUGGACGGAGACUGAGAUGGAGAUGGAUUUAUGUGCGCCGCAUGACGAUUCCUACACGCAUCUCCUUUUGCUCGAGGAGUACUGCCUUUUAAAAAAACGGAAAGCUUUGCUCGAACUCCGGGUUCCACGGCGUUGGUGGGUGAGACCCACCUGGGAGAAUCGGAAGGAGGAAUCCGAGUUCCACACCCCGAUGCCGCUGCUCAUGAACGCUGACACGGAGUAUUUUCAGAAGUACUGUAAGAGGUCGGCAGAAAAGUUUGAGGAGCUCCAUGCCCUCGUUGAAGGGCCGCUUACGAAGCCCUUCGUUGUGCGGGAACCUAUACGCCUCGUGCACCGCCUAUAGAGGCGCCACUAAAAGCCACCUAGCGGGCGCUUCCAACAGUACAUGCGGGAGCAGUAGCAGACGACAACCCUUUGCAGCAAGGAUGGCUGAAGUUCGCGGCUGCGAUUUCUCCUUUGUUCGGGUGCCAGGCUUCUUCUUCUGCGGUGACAGCUGUAGGGAAGAUGCUGACCUCUGUGCGAGCGGGUAUGAACACGAUGUUACCGGUGUUUGGGACAACAUGGUCCACAUACGUGCAACGUUCAUGUGUCCCGCAGACAAACGCCAUGAACCCCAUGUACAUGACGUGGAGCUCAUGUUGACUAGCCGAUAAAUUUUGUUGAGUGAUGCGA